AAUGAUUUUGGUAAUAGUGAUCCAUCAUAUGAUUCAGCCAAAGCAAUAUUAAACAAUGAAAAUACACAUUAUUGUAGUAGUUCAAGACAAGCAUUACCCUAUUAUGAAACUGAACCCGAAGCUGAACCUUUGCCAUCUCAACACACUAAUUCAUUCUCAUCUUAG